AAGGUUUAUCACAAUUGCAAAUUUCCUCCCUAAAACUUUACGAAUAUCAUAUAGAUCCAAAAGAGAAAAUCUCAUUUUAACUAGACAAAAACCCACUGCAACAGAUCUCUAUAGUAAACACCGAUCCAACUCUGAUGCUCUAAGAAAUGACGGCAAUGGCGUCGCCACGAGCUCCGGCGAAUGACGACUAUACGACGGCGAUGUUGAAUCUUCUCCCGCUCGCCUCCGCCGCCCAGCAGCCAUAUGUCUCCGAACUUCUCUCGUUCACUCUCGAUCGCCUCCAUAAGGAACCGGAAUUGUUGAGAGUGGAUGCGGAGAGAAUACGGCGGCAGAUGCAGGAGGUGGCGGUGGGCAAUUACCGUGCUUUCAUUGCGGCGGCGGAUGCAUUGCUCGAGAUCCGGGAGGAGGUUUCUUCUAUCGACAAACAUCUCGAGUCUCUGAUAGCUGAAAUUCCAAAGCUAACGUCUGGUUGCACUGAAUUUGUCGAUUCGGCAGAACAUACUCUGGAGAAAAGGAAGAUGAAUCAAACAUUACUGGCAAAUCAUAGUACUUUGCUUGAUUUGCUUGAAAUCCCUCAGCUCAUGGACACAUGCGUAAGGAACGGAAAUUUUGACGAAGCACUUGAUUUAGAAGCAUUUGUAGCAAAACUUACUACAAUGCACCCAAAAAUUCCCUUGAUUCAGGCUCUAGCUGCAGAAGUUCGGCAGACCACUCAGUCUCUUCUUUAUCAGCUUCUCCAGAAACUUCGAUCUAACAUUCAGUUGCCCGAGUGCCUUCGAAUCAUUGGGUAUUUACGCCGAAUAGGAGUUUUCACCGAGUAUGAAAUGCGACUACAGUUUUUGAGAUGCCGCGAAGCCUGGCUUACUGGAAUACUGGAUGAUUUAGACCAGAGAAAUCCCUAUGAAUAUUUGAAACGGAUGGUAAAUUGUUACAGAAUGCAUCUUUUUGAUGUUGUUAACCAGUACCGAGCCAUAUUUGCUGAUGACACAUCAGGAAAUGAAGAAAAUUAUGAUGGAGGCCUUCUAUUUGACUGGGCCAUGCAUCAUAUUACCUCGCACUUGAAGACCCUUAAAAUCAUGCUUCCUAAGAUAACCGAAGGUGGAUCUUUGUCAAACAUUCUGGAUCAAUGCAUGUAUUGUGCUAUGGGCCUUGGUUGGGUUGGUCUGGAUUUCCGAGGACUGCUUCCCCCUCUUUUUCAAGAAGCAGUGCUUAGUUUGUUUUCCAAGAAUAUGAGUACAGCUGUUGAAAAUUUCCAGAUAGUGUUGGAUUCUCAUCGGUGGGUCCCGUUGCCAGCAGUUGGCUUCCCUGCUACUAGUUUGGGUGAAGAAAGUACCGAUGAUGUUUCGCCUCCUUCAAAUCUUAUGGAGCAUCCACCCCUUGCUGUUUUUACCAAUGGUGUAUCUGCAGCAAUGAACGAAUUACGCCCUUGUGCUCCAUUAAGUUUGAAGCAUGUUCUUGCUCAGGAAUUAGUCAAGAGUUUACAGGCGGUUUCCGAUUCUCUACUAAGAUACAGUACAACUAGGAUUCUCAAAGACAGCGAAUCCAUCCUUUUCACUAAACUCUGCCAAGCAUUCAUUGAGACUGUUUUUCCACAUUGUGCUACGUUCUUUGGUCGUUGUUACCUUGGUGGAGCUGCUCUUAUCUCAGAUGCGAAAAACUUAUUUGUUGGAAUCGACAGAUUAUUAGCAAAACAAGCACCAAAAACUAUUCAUUAUGCUGGAGCCAAUAAAACAUCAGAGAAUGGGGUUCAUCAUACUAUUGUACAAACUGCAAGCGCUAGCCUUGGCGAAAAAGAACAAAAUUAUACGAGCCCACAAAAGGCAAAUCCAGCUGUAAAUGAAGAAAUUCAAGAAUCAACAAUAUUACAAAACGAUUUGUGAUCAUUCCUUUUUUUUUUUUUGGUCCGCUUCUAUUGUAUCGGUUGAAGUUUAGUUAUGGCCUCAUAGAUGUUACAUCGAGUUAAUUACAAUGGAUAUCAUAUCAUUGUAGAUUCAUACACAUUAAAAUGUCUGCAAAAUUUACGGAGGAGUAGAAUAAAAUACAUCGUUGUAAAAGAUAGGUGGUGCUUUGGCUGCGACGACAUUUAUCUUCCAACUAACUGAGUAUAUAUGUAUUAUAUAUAACUUGUAUACUGUUACAAAGAUUUGUGUGUAAUAGAUCACACUGCAUGCGUAAAAUGAAACCCGUCCUUCCGU